AUGGCCCCAGGGGCCACCCACUGCAGCAGCGUCCUGAAGAAGGUUGAGGAGCUGGCCCUGGCCAUGGAGAAGGAAGAUAAGAGCGUUCAAGACACGGAGGUGGCCAGCACGGGGCCUAGCUGGACGGAUGGACAAGUGGCCUUGGGGACCACAGCCAGAGAGAUGCAGGACAGAAGCUCCCGACUCAGCCCAGCCCCGCUGGUUGCUGGCCCGCCCAGUCGGGCGGCCGUGGACACAAGCGCCCUGGCGUGGGGCCCGGGAGUGCGCACCCCGGCGCGGGGUCCUGGGGCUAGCCGGCGGCUUCUGCCGCUGCUGCUGCUCCUGCUGCCGCUGCCCACGGGCGCCUGGUACAAGCACGUGGCGAGUCCGCGCUACCACACGGUGGGCCGCGCGGCCGGCCUGCUCAUGGGGCUGCGCCGCUCGCCCUACGUGUGGCGUCGCGCCCUGCCCGCGGCCGCCAGGACCCCGGCUUGGGACGCGCUCGCCCCGGCGCCCGCCGCGCGCAAUGCUCUUCUGCUUUCCCCGGGGCUUCGGGAGCGGCGGGAGGCGCCACGCUGGAGCUCCGCGGCUGCGCGCCCCGUCCAUGCGCUCCGCAGCCCGUCUGCCCCGGAGGAGUUGCGGCUGGACCCGAGUUCAGCGGAGCCCGCCAGACUCAUCGGAGAGACGCCUCCAGCCCCGCCACGCUGGUACCUGCAGCGAAGACCCCUCGCCGGCCCCCGCCUGACCCCCGGACAGCCCUGA